AUGAGUAGCGGUAGUAGUUUUGAAGAGGUCGCGUUGGGUGGUUUAAAACCUUACUUUCAAGUCCCUGGGGCUAUACACAGUGAAGGAAUAACUUUUGUGAAGGAAACCAAUACGUUGUUAUGGGUCGAUAUCUUUAAAAGUGAGGUUCAUAAGGUGGAAGACAUCGAACACCCCGAGAGUAGCCAUUCUUCUUUUUCUGUUACGCGGGCGAACUAUUCCAAGGACUCGUCGGUUGAGUAUCCUCCCAAUCCGGAAGAUUUGAAGGAAUCUGUUGGUUGUAUCUUCCCAUUAUUCAGUGGGGCCUCCCAAGAUGAAAUUGAGCAAGUUUUGUUUGGUAGUAAAUUCGGCAUCGGUCGGUUGGACUUUACCAACGGCGAAUGGGAAUACCUGAUUUUGUAUUCUCAGUGUUCUGAUUUGAGCUCAGACAGAGCAUAUAAGCUAAGAUCUAACGACGGGAACGUUUCUCCAGACGGGAAAUAUCUGUAUGUAGGCCUAAUGAGCGAUUUUCCAUUUAAAUUGGAGCCGAUUGGGUGCAUUCUCCGUGUUGAUCUAUUGGCCCAGGAGGUAGAGCUGGUGUGGAACUGUAUGUUGAUUCCUAAUGCCAUUCAUUGGGAUAAGAGUGAUGAAAAGUCAAUGUACGUGACGGAUUCUUUGAACUUCACGAUUUGGAAGUGCCCUGGCGGUGACUUACUAAAACGAGAGGAAUUGAUUGACGUAAAGAACUCUAACAAUCAAUCGUUUGAAUCGCCUGAGCCCGAUGGAAGCGCUAUUUGGUUCAGCAAAGAUGGCAAGCAUUCCGGGUACCUGUUUAUCGCCGUCUGGUCCACUUGUAAAGUACAGAUGUUUGACCUGGCUAACGGGAAACUGCUCAAGGAGUUCAUUUUGCCAAAGUCAACGCCGAGAGUCUCAUGUUGUUGUUUUGUCGGUAAAGAUCUGUUUGUGACGACAGCCAACGCAAAAAUCAACGACGCUGUGGGCUUCAAUUUCGAUAAGAUCGGUGGUUGCAUCUAUAGAAUCCCCAACGUGCUAGACGGGAAUGUCCCUUUGGAGUCUACAAAGCCGCAACCACGCUACUAA